UUGGGUUAUUACAAUUACAUCAGUAAUACGUUUUACAGUGAUUUCUGAGCAUCACAAUGCUGAACAUUUUGAAAACCUGACCAAACCUUACACUUUCUUCAAGAUAUUGAAAUACCCAACAUUAACAAAACUGAAUUGUGGUGACAAAAGUCAUACGCCAGUUUCUGCAGAAUAACAAACAAUUACACAUUCAUUCAUGACCUCAUUUCUUAUAAUGUGCACAAUAUUUCUAGAUUGACUAUGACUGGCAACUUCUGACAUGAGUUAGCAUUUGUUAAUCUGUAUCAGUUCAUAUAUUAUCCUGUAUGAAGGAGGUUUUUGAAGAACAUCAUGCCACACAUGCUGUUCUGGACAAUCAGCACAUAUAAACUCUGAGAAGAGGAGCUCUAUUGUUGCAGAAGCGAAGUAAACUUAUGUCAUGUGAAUGACACCAUCCUUACAGUCACAAAAAGUCCAUUAUGCUGCAGGCGUGACAUCAGAGAUACACUUGGUGGGAUGUCCCUCCAGUUGGCCUAUUGUUUUACCCACAAUGCCUUGAAAGACAUCCUUGCUUUUCUGUGUCAUUCAUUCUGCCUGCUAGGCGUGCACAUGUGUGAGAGUGAGCGUUUGUGUGUGUUCUCCGUUUGCGGACAUGCUGUUUAGUGUCACAAAGAAGACAAUGAGAAACCUUUUAUUGUCCUGGUGGAAUGUGGCAGGAGAAGACAACGGGGGAGCAUGUCAUCGUCCCGAGUGCUUGGCACCAGUGUCCAUUCGGCUUGCACCAUGACACACCACAGCAUGAGAGAGACAGGAACGAAUGACUGCUGUUCAGGACACAUGAUCACACUUCACACAGUUUGAGUCUGAAUCAAGGAUCAGAAACAUGCACUGACAACAGUACACACACCAGUCGACUGCAGCAUUUGAGAGACCCUGGAGAUGGAGCUUCUCCCUCUGAGUGUGAUGAGUCCCGGGGCUCCCCUUCGUCUCCAAGCAGACCCUCUGUGGCUCCAGCGCCAAGCCGUGGAGGAGCAGGUGGAGCUGUGGUGGUUCAACGAGCCGCAUGUGUCUCUCCUGUGCUACUGUUUUUCAGUGGCCAUGGUUCUGAGCCUGGGCUCCGCCGGCGUGGGGCUCCUCUCGACCGCCUCCUCCGCCGCGGGGCCCUCGGUGCUGUGGCGCUUGGGCGUAGGUUCUACUCUCUGUCUCCUGGCACUGGUGGUCCUCAUGAAGCAGCUGCUCAGCUCUGCAGUGCAGGACAUGGGCUGCAUACGCAGCCGCAGACGCAUCGAGCAGCUGCGCAGUGGAGGAACGGUGGAUCCCGUGCUGUUGCUCUUCUCUGGUUUGGCACUGGUGGUGUGUGGGACUACACUUCUCAGUCUCGCUCAGCUGGACAUGCUGCUCUCUGGCGUGACCCUCCUGGCCAGUGGGGGCACUGUGGUCCUAGGUGUGAUGGCGUAUGGAGUGAUGGUUUAUGUGCAAGGAAGGAGAAACACAAGAAGGCGAAGACGACGGAGGGUGAGAGUGUAUACAGUGACGGGACAAAGGAACCGACCAUGGAGGGAUUCAACUUCCAGUCAGUCGAAUUUGUUGUGAAAGGAGAACAGAGAAUUCCAACUAGCUCUUGUUCCUACAUGAUAUUAAGACCUAUUUGCACAAACUGGUGUGGUAAAACACAAUAGGAGCUUCAUUGGUUUUCAUUCAUUUUACACCUGUUAUACUUGCAAUUUGGCUAGAAGACUUCUUUAUUGGCAAUCAAACACCUCCAAAUCAAAUGCUUGCUUUGCCAUUUCUCAUUUUACAUCUUGACUUAUGAGUACCAGGUGAUGGAAUUAGAAGUCAAAAUGAUCAAGUAGGAAUGGUCCAUAUGGAAAUUAAUCACACUUUUUUAAGUCACACUUUCACUUUAAUCUUGAAUUGAAUACCUGGUUUGCCCUCGUUCAACAAAGUUCACUCCCUUGAAUACCAUAUCCCAGACUGCAAUGCGUUCAACUUUACCAUGCAUUUCCAAUCUGAUAAAUGAACAAAAACUUCUGGCACAUUGGUAUCCAAAUUGCACUCUUCUGGAGAAUGGUAUAACUGCAGCCUUGAGAUCUCCAAAUUGGGGCGGGAACUCCAAAAUAGGGCGUGGCUUCCUCCAUUGAGAGACAGGCGCAUGAAUUUCGUGCCUUGGGACGGCUCCGUUGCUUGGAGUAAAAUCUUUCCCCUGAGCUGCAGAGCCGGAUUAUCCAUAAGGGCACUUGGGCCAGUGCCCAGGGGCACCAACCAUUCACAACAACUAGGGGGCACCACAUGACACAAGCUCUAAAAAUAUUUUUCGUAAAUUGUUUUAUUAUUAGGCUAACUUUAAAUUCUUGAAAGACCAUACAUAACUCGUUUAUGUACACUAACUUAACAACAACAAUAAUAAUAAUAAAUUAUAAAUAAAUAAAGAUUACAUGACCACUAUCAGUCCCGCCCACAAGUCAUGCCUCCAGCGGCUGGUGUUCUUCCGAAAAAAUCGGCACAGACUAUUUUUAUCUUAUAAAUAUACUAAAACUAAAGACUUUUUGGAGAUAUGAAGGAUGCAGUACUACUCUAUAGGUAUUCAAGAUUAACAGGAGAUUAAGUGAAAAUGAGCAUUUCACCCCCCCUUUAAAGUGAAAAUAUUUCCGUCUCCAGCUGCGAGAGGGCGCUCUA